GUGCGCCUGAGCGAGGAGGCGGCGCCCGCGCCCUCCUACCUGCCGCUCACCACGCUCAUCUCCACGGCGGAGCAGGUGCGGCUGAGCGGGCUGGACGCCGCCACGCGCCUCUGCCCCGACGCCACCAGCGUCACGCUCGCCAACGCCUGGCUCGCCAGCGAGGACCUCUACAAGUUCAUGCUCUUCGAGAGGCUGUCUUCGCUGUCGCUCACCAACUCCGAGGGCCUCACGCUCGACUUCCACGACGGCGUCCUGCCCGUGCUCGCCACGUGCGGGCCGCGCCUGCUCAACCUCAUCCUCGCCAACUUCACGUCCGUCGACAUCGCAGGGAUUGGAAGAUCGUGCAAAAAGCUGAGGAAUAUAGCAAUGUCGAAUAUCGCCCAGUAUGAGUCCUUUGGGCCAAUCUGCAACGAGUGGUUUACAGAGCUACAAGCAUUGGAACUGUGGUCUGACCCACAAGCAGACUUGAAUCCAAACAUGUUUCGGCAACUACUUCUCUUCUGUCCAAAUAUGCAAAAUCUUCUCUUCAAAGGAUGUGAAGUACUUACAGACAAACUGUUUACUGAAAUAACGGAGGUUAAUCCAAUGAAAAAGCUGUCGCAUUUGACUUUAGACCAUUGCCAUGCAAUUACUGGUGAUUUUCUUCAUCAUUUAUUGGAUUCGGAAAACGAACUCACCGUCAUAAGACUUUGGAGUUGUCUCAAUAUAACCAAAUACACUAAUUCGGAGCUAUCAAGACGCAUUUGUGAUGAAAACAUGGAUGUAUACCUGGAAUGGUUUCAGUAUGAAGAAUAAGUUGAAUAUUAUACGAUAACUAUUACGGUAUUCCACUUUCAAAGCAGUAAUAAAACAGACUUGUCCUUGUGGCAUGAUCUCAACUGAGAAACUACCUAAAUAGUGGACGUGAAAGUCAUGUUUCAU